AUGCAAGACUUGAUUGCUAUUGUUGGUUCUGCCUGUCGAUUUCCCGGGCAAUCAGAUAGCCCCUCAAAACUAUGGGCUCAAUUAAGGGACCCCGUCGAUCUUCGCAAGACAUUCUCCUCUGAAAGAUUGAACCUUGCUCGAUUCUACCACCCCGAUGGAGAACAUCACGGCAGCACAGAUGUACAAGGCAUCUCGUACUUGCUGUCAGAGGAUCCCCGUCAGUUUGAUGCCUCCUUCUUCAAUAUCAACCCCCGCGAGGCGGAGGGAAUGGAUCCUCAACAAAGGCUGCUGCUGGAGACGGCCUACGAAGCCCUUGAAGCUGCUGGAUAUUCACUGGAGGCCAUGAACGGCUCGAAGACUUCUGUUCACGUCGGUGUGAUGAACACAGAUUUCAGCAACAUUCAGCUUCGAGAUUCAGAAGUACUACCGACGUACAACGCCACAGGAACAUCAAUAAGCAUUCUUUCGAAUCGACUGUCAUACUUUUUCAACUUAAAGGGCCCUUCAGUGACUGUUGACACGGCUUGCUCUAGCUCAUUAGUGGCCCUGCAUCAAGCCGUCCAAGGCCUUCACGCCGGUGACGCAAGCUCUGCCAUUGUCGCCGGUGCCAAUUUGAUUUUUGAUCCUGCCAUGUAUAUCGCGGAAUCAAGCUUACACAUGCUAUCCCCGGACUCAUGCUCGAGGAUGUGGGAUAAAGAUGCCAAUGGAUAUGCUCGCGGAGAAGGUUUUGGAGUAUUGGUUCUCAAGCCACUGAGCCGAGCCAUCAUGGAUGGGGAUCAUAUCGAGGCUGUCAUCCGCAGCACAGGCGUCAACUCCGAUGGCCGUACCAAGGGCAUCACGAUGCCCAAUGCUGCAUCUCAAACCGAGCUCAUCCGACAAACAUACCGAAAUGCAGGUCUCGACCCUGUCGUUGAUCGAUGCCAGUAUUUCGAAUGCCACGGAACAGGUACCGCGGCAGGAGAUCCGAUAGAAGCCCGCGCGGUCCACGACGCAUUCUUUCCCGCCGAAACAAACACGGCUUCAGAUCCACCUAUACCCGACGGUAAGCUGUACGUCGGAUCCGUGAAGACAAUUAUUGGCCAUCUCGAAGGUUGUGCGGGCAUUGCCGGAGUCCUCAAAGCUGUCCUCGCCAUCAAGAAUCGUGUCAUUCCUCCCAAUUUGCAUUUUCAUGAGCCAAAUCCUCAGGUCCUUCCAUUUUGCGCCCGUCUUGAAAUUCCAACAGUCCCCAUACCAUGGCCGGAUACUGGCAGAGCUCCCAUGCGCGCAAGUGUCAACAGCUUUGGAUUUGGUGGCACCAACGCCCACGCCAUCAUCGAAGGAUACGAUGCAUUGAGCAACCCAGUGAGAGAGACAACGAUAUCGCCUGAUGAUCGAUUCAUCGGACCACUCUUGUUUUCUGCCCACUCCAGCACAUCUCUGGUUGCGAAUGUCAGAAAUAUGGCCGAGCGGAUCAGAUCGGACGAUUCAAUCGAUUUGGAAAGACUGGUGUGGACACUGCAUGCUCGGCGGAGCGUCUUACCCACCAAAGUAUUCUUUACAGGCGGCACAGUGCAGCGAUUGCUCAAUUUUAUGGAUCGAUUUGUGACAGAGUCAGAAGAAUCCACCAGUUCGUCAGCCGGAGUCAAAUAUCAGCCACUAAAUCCGGCCGAGGCGCCCGGAAUCCUUGGUAUUUUCACAGGCCAAGGCGCGCAAUGGGCUUCAAUGGGCUCCGCGCUAUUUCAGCAAAAUAUUGUAUUCCGGAAAGCUAUUGAACGAUGCCAGGCUGCGUUGACCAGGCUAGCUGACGGCCCCGAGUGGUCCUUGGUGGACGAGCUCACCAAAGGAGCAGCUGAAUCUCGCAUUGGGGAAGCAGCCUUAUCACAGCCACUCUGUACCGCUCUUCAGAUCGGUUUAGUGGACAUGUUGAAGUCCGCGGGUAUCUACCUCCAUGCUGUUGUGGGCCAUUCCUCUGGCGAGAUUGCCGCCGUGUACGCCGCGGAGAUGAUCAAUGCAGAGGAUGCCAUCAAGAUAGCGUACUAUCGAGGAUACUACGCCAAGCUCGCCGGCGGGGCAAAGGGACAAGCUGGACGUAUGAUGGCAACUGCUAUGUCUUUUGAUGAAGCCGAGGAGUUCUGUGCCCGACCUGAAUGGCGUGGUCGUCUUGUGGCUGCUGCAAGCAACUCCCCACAGAGUGUCACCCUUUCUGGGGAUAUCGACGCCAUCGAAGAAGCAAUGCAAAUGUUUGAGGCUGAGAAGAAAUUUGCACGGAUCCUGAGGACCGAUACUGCUUACCACUCCGACCACAUGCAACCUUGUGCUGAGCCAUACCUGAAGGCGUUGCAAGCCUGCCAGAUUAAGGUGAAAAAGCCCCGAAAAGACUGCGUGUGGAUAUCCAGCGUCCGUGGUGAUGUUGAAUUGCUUGAAGGAGACCUCUCAAGCUUGGCUGACCAGUACUGGGUUGAUAACAUGUGCAACGCAGUUCUUUUCUCGCAAGCUGUUGAGGCCUCGAUCUGGAAUGGAGGUCCCUUCGAUGUGGCUGUUGAACUGGGCCCGCACCCAGCACUCAAAGGCCCAGUGGAGCAAACUAUAAAGGCAGUCUACGGUCCCGUACCAGCCUAUGCUGGGCUCAUGCGACGUGGAGACAAUGAGAUUGAGGCAUUUUCCGGUGGAGUUGGAUUUGUUUGGUCGCGUCUGGGGCCAAAAUAUGUCGACAUGAUUGGAUAUCGUAAAGGGUACCAGGGCGCUGACCUUCUGCGACCACAGGUGUUGAAAGACCUGCCACCAUACUCUUGGGAUCACAGCAAGCAAUACUGGAAGGAAUCCCGGAUCUCUCGUCAAUAUCGACUGCGACAAGAUACUCCUCACGAUUUAUUAGGUCGUCGAGUUCCCGAUGACACCGAUGACAGCCGCAGAUGGAGAAAUGUCCUGCGACUCAAUGAGUUAUCCUGGAUCAAGGGUCACGUUUUCCAGGGACAGGUCCUCUUCCCUGGAGCUGGUUACGUGGCUAUGGCUCUCGAAGCAGCACGAGCCCUCGCUGAUGGUCGCCCGGUCAAGCUGUUCGAAAUCGAGGAUGUGUCGCUGCGCCGUGCCUUGGUCAUUCCAGAGCAAGGAAGUGUCGAAACUGUCUUUGCUACUAAAAGCUUAGACGCAAAAAAUGGAAGAAAAGUCACCGAUCGAUUGGAGGCAGAGUUCUCGUGUUAUUUCUGCUCCGCCGAUGGCAUCGAGCCGUUGGCAAAAGCAUGCACAGGUCGCCUCAUCAUCAACUUUGGCAAUCCAGUAGCAGAUGUCUUGCCGCAAAGGACUCGACUCCCAGCAAACAACGUUCCAGUCGACAUGGGGAGAUUUUACGAUGCCAUGAGCAACGUUGGUCUGGAUUAUCAGGGCAUUUUCCGUGGCCUUGUUUCCGGCAAGCGAUCUCUUGGCUGCUCAUCAGUCAAGGCUACUUGGGGCUCGGAUAUGCAGAUUGACGAAUAUGUGAUCAAUCCUGGUUUCUUGGAUGUUGCGUUCCAGUCUCUUUACACAGCAUUCUCAUCGCCUGCUAGUGGAGAAAUUUGGGCCCCCUACUUACCCAUCCACAUCGAAAGACUGGCUGUGAACCCAAAUGUGUCCUACCGAGCGGCAGAUCUCGAGACUGAGAUGGAGGCAGACGCAUUCGUCACAACUGCAAACUCCACACUCCUCAAAGGUGAUAUCCAGCUUUACAGAUACGAAUCUCAGCAUGCUAGCCUGCAGGUGGAAGGAAUCUCAAUGAAAUCAAUGUCUGAACCACAGCCAGAGAAUGAUAGAUGCUUGUUCUCUGAGACGGUCUGGGGUCCUGAUGUCUCUACAGGCGUCACUGAAGUGGCCAGUCGCACAGUCGAAGAUGACAUUGAUCUGGUAGAGGCUCUUGAUCGAGUAUCCUUAUUCUACUGGCGAAAGCUUGUGGAAGAGGCUGGCACGGAGAUUUCCCACUUCCAGUGGUUCCAUCAACGCAUGUUUGACGCCAUCGGUUUUCAGAUCGCCUCCGUGCGCGACGGGCAGCAUCCCAUCGCGAAAGCCACUUGGCUCGAGGAUGACUGGAGUACUAUCCUCACCGUGAGCGAGCCUUACAAACAUCGCACGGAUAUGCGACUCAUCCACGCAGUUGGCGAGAAUCUGCUAUCUGUCGUACGCGGUGACACACAGCUGCUGGAAGUUAUGGUCCAGGAUGACAUGCUCAACCGCUUCUAUAUGGAGGGUUAUGGCUUUUCUGUCAUUAACAACGCGGUCUCAGACGCUCUGGAGCAGAUUACUUUCAAAUAUCCGCAUGCCAACAUCUUGGAAAUCGGAGCUGGUACCGGUGGAACAACCCGAAGUAUCCUUGAUCGAAUCGGCACCCGCUACGGAUCUUACACAUACACAGACAUCUCCCCGGCCUUCUUCAAAGCGGCAGCUGACAAAUUUGAGGAUGCCAGAGGGAAGAUACAGUUCAGAGUUCUGGAUGUGGAAAAGGACGUUGGUCCCCAAGGCUUCGAAGAGUGCAGUUACGACAUUAUUGUCGCCGCGAAUGUCCUUCACGCCACACGAAAGCUUGAAGAAACCAUGAACCAUGUUCGGACUUUGCUCAAACCUGGUGGAUAUCUGGUUCUGAUGGAAAUAACUGGCCCACAUGUCUUACGGACACAGUUCAUCAUGGGUGGUCUUCCAGGGUGGUGGUACGGCGUCGAUGACGAACGCGUACUGUCGCCCGCCAUAUCAGAUCAACAAUGGAGCCGGCUUCUUCUCGAUACUGGAUUCUCUGGCUUGGAUUGCUUGAAGCCGGACAUGUUGGAUGGUGAAAAACACUCAUUUUCCCUAAUGGUGAGCCAGGCUGUUGAUGAGAAGACAAAAAUGUUCCGGAAUCCAUUUUUGUCGACGGGCAUUACUCCAUCAGGAAGUCUUUUGAUUAUUGGAGGUCGAACGCACAAAACUUCACAGAUGAUUGAGGAAGUCCGUCACUACCUUUCCGUCUGGGAGACUAGUGUAAUGGAUUGGGAUAGCAUUCAAACGAAGCAGGAAGGCCAACUGGCUCAGUUCGAAAACAUCAUUUGCCUCGAGGAGCUCGAUCAGCCAUUGUUCUCCACAACCAUCACCGACGAGACGCUUCUGGCGCUACAAAAGGUGUUCAACGGAACAAAGAAUGUUGUUUGGGCCAUUUCCAAUGCUGAUAAUGAGAAUCCCCAUGUCAACAUGACAGUUGGCAUUGGACGAGCAUUGAGAACCGAGAUUCCUGGGCUGAAUCUCCAAUUUGUUGAUGUUGAUUCUUUUGACGAUGCGCCAACGUGCGCUCAGCAACUUUCACGCAUGUUGCUCCAGCUGGUGAUUGGGUCAUUGUGCCUGACCGAGAAGGCGCUGUGGACAACUGAGCCGGAAGUUCGUGUUCAAGAUGGGCGACAACUGAUUCCCCGUGUUCUUCCUAUAGCGUCCAUGAACAAGACGUACAACGCAAAUCGGCGUGCAAUCACCGAUUUCAUUGAUCUCGAAACAACGUGCGUGUCUUUGAAGGAUACUGCAGGCUCAAUGAGUCUGGUACGAGGAGCAUCUCUGCUAGGCGAGCCUGUACAGAGUGACCAUGAGCGGCUCCGAGUUCACUUUUCUCUCGCCUUGGCGGUCUCUGGCGGUUCGGCAUACUAUUUGUGUAGUGGAAUUUUGUGUGAAAACCAACUUCCGGCCCUGGCGCUCUCCACUAACAACGCAAACAUCAUCGAUAUUCCCAAGAACAUGAUCUCGAUCUUGGAUUUAGAUGAGCCUUGUGGUGCCGCAACGCUAGAAGCAACGGCUCUCCACCUACUGGCGAGAAACAUCUGCAGUCAUCUUUCGACAUCGAGUCAAACGCUCGUCUAUCAACCUAGCCCCGAGUUUGCCCAAGCCUUGCUGUCGACGGGCUGUCGAUUCUUAUUUGUUACCACGAACAAAGAGAGCCCCUCGAGCAACUGGACCUACUUCCACCCGAGGGCGUCUCGUCGUGAGAUUGAGUCCAUUCUGCCAAAGGCUCUUGACACAUUCAUCGACUGCACUGGCGAAGUGCCUGGGAACUUGAAAUCGUGUCUUCCCACAAACUGCAACAUAAUAAAUACCGAGUUCCAUCAGCUUGAUGCCAAAAAUCUGGAACCUGCGUACUCUGCAGCUGUUGCAAACUCUAGCUACUCGUGUGGUCGAAAGAGCAUUCAGAUCGGAGACCUCCCCUUGCGCACACCUCCCAGCCCCGAGCCAGUGGACUGGAGAGGCGUUAAGUCUGUGAAUAUUUCUCUCCAGCCACUGAUCAUGAACCAAAUCUUCUCGCCAGACGCUACUUAUCUCCUUGCUGGCAUGACAGGCGACCUUGGUCUUUCGCUAUGCCGCUGGAUGGUUCAAAAUGGUGCCCGACACAUCGCUUUGACAAGCCGGAAUCCAAACGUAGACGAGGAGUUAUUGCAAAGUAUGCGUCAAGGCAAUAGCGAUAUCCGAGUCUUCCAGAAUGAUAUCACCGACCGAGAUGCUGUCCGCAAUCUGAUAGAUGAAAUCAGAGAGUCAAUGCCACGCAUUGCUGGUGUUUUCAAUGCAUGCAUGGUCCUUCGAGAUGGACUCUUUUCAGAGAUGGACACUGACACGCUCAACAACACUCUGAAGCCAAAAGUUGAUGGUUCAAAGAUACUUGAUGAGAUAUUCCAGGAUGAUACCCUUGACUUUUUUGUUCUUUUCUCGUCCCUGGCAAGUAUCAUCGGCAAUGCGGGACAGUCCAAUUACCAUGCUGCAAACAUGUUCCUUUCUGGUCUUGCCAACAAUCGACGUAAAAAGGGUCUUGCAGCGUCUGUCUUGCAUAUUGGCCUGGUCACCGAUGUGGGCUAUGUUGCUCGUCGAGGCCAAGCAAUGGAGGAGCGGCUCCGGAGGUUGUUCUUCCUUCCUUUGUCUGAAUCGGACAUCCACCACGCGAUGGCAGAGACCAUUUUGGCAAGUCCAGCUCGCAGUGCACGCCAGCACGAGAUCAUUCUGGGCUUAGAACCGUUUGUUGAUUCGGCCAGUGCAACGAAAAGGCCUCCCUGGGAACACAAUCCUAAGUUCUCACAUUAUGUGUCCCGGCCACUGCUAGACGAGAGAACGACGAGUGCGGCAUCAGAAUCGGCGACAGAUGUGAAACAACUGUUGAAGACGGCGGUUUCCGCUGAGGCCGUCACUCCUGCAGUCCAGGAAGCAUUUGCCAGAAAGCUUGAAUCUAUGAUGCAGCUCCCUAUCAACAGCGUCAAUCUCAACGUUCCCCUGAUCGAUUUGGGAUGUGACUCUCUGCUUGCAAUUGAAAUUCGACGCUGGUUUAUCAAAGAGGUCGGCAUUGACGUUCCAGUCCUUAAGGUCUUGUCCGGUGACACCACAGCUCAAAUCUGCGAAGAUGCUGUUUCGCAAUUCUUGGCUCUACAGCUUGAAAAGAAAGACGCGGUGCCAUGCGACUCAGCAGAGCAACUCAAGACAGAGCCUCUGAUUCUCAGCGAUGCCUCUGACAAAGUUGAGAGCGCAAAUGGGGACUCCGAAACUAUUAGCCAAGGCGAUGAUUCUCGAGGAAACUUCUCCUCGUCUUCAAGUAGUCACACAAGCCCGAGUCUCCAAGCUGUCACCACUAGUACCAAGUCAGGCCGGGCCUCUUUCGCACAGUCCAGACUCUGGUUCCUGACGCAGUAUCUCCAUGAUCCGACAACGUACAAUGUCACAGUGCGUUACGAUGUCAAGGGGGAAAUACCAGUCUCACGAAUUGUAAAUGCACUGCAUACAACCAUCCGUCAUCACCAGUCCCUUCAAACAUGCUUUUAUAUGGACGCAGACAAAGAAACUUUGAUGCAAGCAGUCCUCUCGCCGCCUCACACUUCCGUCAAAACAGUCCUUUCUAGAAACGAGCAGACCAUCAACGACGAGUACGAAUCUUUGCGUUGUCGUGUUUGGAAUCUCGAAAGGGCGGAAACCUUCGCGGCCACUAUUGUCUCUGUAUCGCCUGAACAGCAUACCGUCAUCUUCGGGUACCAUCACAUCAUAAUGGAUGGAGUGAGCUGGCAUCUUUUCUUGCGAGAUCUGAACCUCGCUUUUUGCCUUCGAUCGUUGCCUUCGGUUGAAACAGAAUACAUCGACUGGUCAGAGAAACAAUUUCAGGCAGCUCAGGGAAGAGAUUUCAGCAGACAGCUUGAAUACUGGCGUAAGAGGCACUGUCCUCCGCCUUCUGUCAUGCCAUUGUUGCCCAUGGCUCGGACAGAUUGCCGUAAGCCGCUGACCACAUAUGAAAGCCACGUUGUCGGCGCGGAAAUUGACCGAGAUCUUGUCUUGCACAUCCGGCAGGUCAGCCAAACUUUGCGUGUGACGCCUUUCCAUUUCCAUCUGGCUGUGAUUCAAGCCAUCCUCAGUCGCUUGCUAGAUAUGGAAGAUCUUUGCAUUGGCGUGGCGGAUGCGAACCGAACCAGCGAAGCUCAUUCGGGAACUGUUGGGUUUUUCUUGAAUCUCCUCCCCGUCCGAUUUAAUACGAAGAGAGGCAGCACAUUUCAAGAGCUCGUUUCCUCGGUCAGGGGCACGGUUCUCGAAGCUCUCGCCAACUCAGAGGCGCCGUUCGAUCUCAUUCUCGAGGAUCUGAAGAUUGUGCGAAGCUCAGAAUACAGUCCCUUAUUCCAGGUUGCUGUCAACUACCGCAUGGGGGCAAUGCUCCAAGUUCCUCUCGGAGACAGCAUGAUGGAGAUGAUGUUUGCCGAUGACGCAAAGAAUCCUUACGACAUCAGCUUCGGGAUCACGGAGACGGCCACGGGCUCCUGUUUGCUGGAACUGACUAGCCAAAAAGAACUGUACACGAAGGAGUCGACUCAGCUCUUUUUGCAGAUGUACAUUGAUGUUCUCCGCGCUGCAUCUCAAGAUCCCUCGCUUCCUGUUAGCCAGCUACCGGUCACCAUUAAAACGCUAAACGAAGAGAGAUUCGCUGUUGCGAGAGGCCCUCGAGUUGAUCAUUCUUGGCCGAAAACACUAACGGAGCGCUUUGAAGAGAUGCAGAGCCUCUUCUCGGAGAGCACUGCCAUCAAAGACGGUCAUUCAGAAAUCAGCUACUCGCAACUGGCCAAGAGAGUUAAUCAAAUUGCCACAACGCUCAUCGGUCAAGGUGUCGUCAUGGGAGACAACGUCGGCGUUCUCAUCCAUCCUUCCAUCGAUGCAGUUGCCUGUAUGCUGGCUUUACUACAAAUCGGUUGUAUUUAUACCCCUCUUGACACGCGGCUGCCCUUGGCUCGAUUGAAUAUUAUUGUCGCCGGCUGCAAGGCACCUUUGGUUUUGCACCACACUGCAACUGAAGACACUGCACAGGAGCUCGGAAAACUGACCAAACUGGUCAAUGUUGACAAUUUAGCAGAGGCGAUUUGCUCAAAUCAACCGACAGUCAUCCCUGCUCCUUCUGUGGCAUCUUUCUUGUUCUAUACGAGCGGCAGCACGGGGGCACCAAAGGGCAUUCUUCUCACUCAAGAGAACUUCGUGAAUCAUCUGGCGGGGAAGACUAGCAGUCUCGCCCUCGGCAGAGAAGUCGUCUUGCAGCAGAGCUCUCUAGGUUUCGACAUGUCCGUUGUGCAAACGUUUUGCGCCCUGGGCAACGGUGGAACCUUGAUCAUCGCGCCGAAGGAAGCACGCGGAGACCCAGUUGCACUUUCCAGUCUCAUGGCACGGGAACGAGUGACGUUGACGAUCGCCACGCCCUCGGAGUACUCCUUGUUGCUCCGCUUCGGUCUUGAGAAUUCCCAGAAGCUUCACGCUUGGAAGCAUGCCUGUAUGGGUGGCGAGGUUGUGUCACGAUCUUUGAUCCAGCAGUUCUGUCAAUCAGAUCAUCCGAAUUUGCAGCUGACAAACUGCUACGGUCCGACCGAAAUCACUGCUGCUGUGACGUUCCAAAACAUCUCUCUCCAAUUUGAGGACAAUGAUAUGGUGGAUGGAUCUCUGGUUGGAAAACCUUUGCCUAAUUACUCGGUCUACAUCCUGGAUGCUUCCGAAUCUCCCAAGCCCGUUGGUGUCGCUGGCGAGAUUUGUAUUGGGGGCGCUGGAGUUUCUCCAGGCUACUUCAGGGCUUCGGAACAAACAGAGUCAAAAUUUGUUCAGGACCCCUUUGCCAGCUCAGAGGAUGUUGCUCGCGGUUGGUCAAAGAUGUAUAGAACCGGAGACAUGGGGCGGAUGCUUGAGGAUGGUACUCUGGUUUUCUUGGGCCGCAUGGAGGGUGAUAAUCAGGUCAAGUUGAAUGGCGUGCGGAUUGAGCUCGAUGGAAUCGCUAACAGCAUUCUCACCACUGGACGUGAUCUGGUUUCCGAGGCUGUGGUCACAGUUCGCUCUGUCCCAGGUUCUGACUCAUCCCUCCUUGUGGCUCACGUCGUUCCCCUUGGAGGGCAGGUUGACGUUUCCAGACUUCAGCAGCUCGCUAGAGAUCUUCCGCUCCCGCCAUACAUGCUUCCGUCCAUGGUCAUUGCUCUGGACCGUCUGCCAGUCAACGCCAAUGGAAAGGUUGACAGAAAAGCCAUUGCAAUGCUACCUUUGCCAAAUAAUCGUGACGAGAUCGCCAGAGGUCCUGGCCUCGGGGCUACAAGACAUCUCAACCUCGCAGAGGGCGAGCUGCGCCUAUUAUGGGAAAAAACUCUUCCGGUCUUUGGUGGUCCUUCAAGACUGGAUGCUGAUUCCGAUUUCUUUGUUCGAGGAGGAACAUCCAUGCUGCUGGUUCGACUGCAAAGUGCCAUCAAGCAGUCGAUUGGGAUUACAGUCCCUAUCGCAGAGUUGUAUCAGUUCCCGACUCUUGGUCAAAUGGCGCGGCGAAUCAGUCGCCGUAAGGAACAACAUGAAGCUUCCCACGCAUCCGUGAUUGACUGGGCUUCCGAGACCUCACUGACGCAGGACCUCCUCUCUCUGGCUGAUACUCAAGUCUCAAAAAUUCGAGGGAAAGUCCAGAACGGAAAGGAGAUUCUGCUGACCGGUUCCACCAGUUUCUUGGGGAAAACAGUACUCGGAUUCCUUCUCAAUGACCCGUGUGUCGAGAGAGUACAUUGCGUCGCUGUUCCCGUGGAGGAGACCUCUCUUCUUCCUCCAUCUGAUAAGAUUACCAUUUACCCUGGCAACCUCCUCAUGCCCAAUCUAGGACUGGCACAGACCGAUCUGGCAAGUCUUCAGCGCUCACUAGACGUCAUCGUUCAUGCCGGAAGCACAGGGCAUUGCCUGAACAACUACUCCUCACUGCGCGUUGCAAACGUUGGCUCAACGAGAUUCCUGGCGGGACUUGCUCUGUCGCGCGGAAUCCCCAUCCAUUUCAUCUCGUCAAACCGUGUCACCUUACUGUCUGGGAACACCAGUCUUCCCCCAGUCUCUGUUUCAUCCUCUUUGCCCAACACAGAUGGCUCUGAGGGCUUCACUGCCAGCAAAUGGGCAUCCGAGCAGCUCCUUCAAUCAGUCGCCGCGCUCCAGCCGGGACUCUCCGUGACAAUUCAUCGUCCAUGCGCUGUCAUAGGAGACGAGGCACCGAAUGAGGACGCCCUGAAUGCUCUUCUCAAAUACUCCAAGAUCACGCACUGUGUUCCGCGUUUCGAGAACUUCGAAGGGUAUCUUGAUUUCGAAGAUGUCCACAAGGUCGCCGGGGCAAUUGCAACGGAUGCUUUGACCCAUGGUGACUCGGAGAAGGGCAAGUCUGAUGCGCGAUUUGUACAUCACUCCAGCGGCCAUCAAGUCUCCAUGCAAGACUUCAAAAGCCGAAUGGAGACUUUGUUCACUUGCCCGUUUGAGGAGGUCUCCAUGACCGAGUGGAUUGACCGCGCCUUGCAGGCUGGAAUCGAUCCACUAAUCACCGGAUACUUGGAGGCGAUGACAUCGAAGGGCGAGACCAUUCGCUUCCCAUAUAUGGGAGCCACAGGGUCGCUUUGA